AUGGUAAUCUAUCGUUCUCCGAGUUUAUCGGAGAGUGAAUUUUUGAGUUUUUUAGAAGACAAAAUUGAGCAGUUGGUCAUAAAAGAAUAUUGUAUAGUAAUAGGAGAUUUUAAUAUAAAUGUAAUGGGAAACUCAUUUUAUGCAAAAAAGAUACAGACGAUAAUUCGAGGUUUGGGUAUGAAACAAUAUGUAAACAAGCCGACAAGAAUCACAAAAGAUAGUCAGACAAUUAUAGAUUUAGUUCUUGCCAAUGGCGAAGUAAAGGUGCAAGUGAAGGAUAGGCCUAAAAUAACGGAUCAUGCGUGGUUGCAAGUUGAACUUGGCUCGAGUAGGUCGGAAAAGAAAUACAGAGAAUUUAGUGGUAGAGGCUACAGUAAAUUUAAUAGUAGCGAAUUUCUUGGACUACUAGAAUUGAAAGUAGUACAGGGACAAGGUUUAUGUGUGAACACAAGAGCUGAAAAAUUUAUUGGCAGUAUAGUAGAUACACUAAAUAUUGUAGCCCCUAGGAAAAUAUUUAAAAUUCCAAAAGUAUGGGAUGGGAAAAAGUGGUUCUCAGACGAAAUAAGAGUAGCGACAACAAGGAGGGAUGAGGCCUAUUGUAAGGCAAUAUAUACUAAUGCAGAACAUGAUUGGUUACAGUUUAAAAUUGAAAGAAAUGUAGUUGUUAAGCUUAUUAAGGUUAAAAAGAAAGAAUAUUAUGAAAAUAUGAUAAAUCAUAACAAAAAUGAUCCCAAAACAAUGUGGAAAACCUUAAAAGAAGUAAUUAGAGGCGAGUCAAUGGAACCAAAAGUCAUAGACAAUUUGGAUUUCGAGGUACUAAAAAGCGUAAAUGAGUGCAAUAUAGCUAAUAAAUUUAAUUUAUUUUAUGUAUUAAGCAUUGAGAACAUAGUAAAAUCUGUAAAAGAGAAGAGGGAAGCAGAUAGAAAAAGUAUAUGUUUAAUUGAAACUAAAGACACUAUAGAAAACUUUGAAAUGAUUGGGGCAAGAAAUUUAGAGGAAAUUAUUAUGGCAUUACCUAAUAAGAAAGGGACAGAAGAGGGAAUAACAAGUGAGAUACUAAAAUUAGCAUUCCAUGUGAUAAAAGAUGAGUUUGUAGAAAUCAUAAAUGAUUCUUUGAGAAUCGGUCAAUGUCCAGAUGGAUGGAAAACGUCGACGAUAAUACCGAUACCUAAAGUUGGGAAACCAAGAAUAGCUAGUGAAUAUAGGCCGAUUAACAUCCUACCGAUAUACGAAAAAGUAUUAGAAUUAGUAGUAAAAGAACAGAUAGAAGCGUAUUUAGAAAACAACAACAUUAUUUCGGAACACCAGUCGGGGUUUAGGAAACAACAUUCGUGUGAAACAGCGAUGCAGGUGAUCAUUGACGAUUGGAAACUAAUAAUAGUCAGUGAGGGAAAAAUGAUUGGAGUGAUAUUUAUGGAUCUUAAGUGA